AUGGGUUCCGUCAUCGACGCCGCCGCCCAAAAGUCGAGCGCCGCCGAGCCAUCCACCAUGGCUGCUCCGCGGACUUCGAGCCGUUCUGCCUCCCACCGCGCAAAGACCGCCAUGAAGCGGGCCAUGCAGGACUUGGACGGGAGUGAAGAUGAGGAGCCCAAGCCGACCAAGCGUGCUCGCCACAGCACUGGGCCUACAGCCCAGGAAGAAGAGCCCGCCCCGUCCCCGCAGUCAGAUACCUCGCAAUCUGCACGCUACACCAGCAACGCCGAGGACGACCACGACAACUCCAUGGAGACCAUCAUGGAGUCGAUGGCCGAGGCCACCAACGAGCAGCGCCCUGCUCGGAAGACGAAGGUUGCCAAGGUUGCCAACGCAACCGCCGACGGCCCUCCUUCGUGGGGCAAGCCCUUGGUUUGGGCGAAAGCCCGCGGCAGCCUUUGCGAGGCGCUGCCCUACUUCCGGUCCUUCAAAUCGAGCCUUCAUUCCUCAAAUGUGGUUUGCCAGGGCUUUCUCAUCGACCAGGAGGUCGACCAACGGGAUGUGUUCGGCGCACAGGUCAUCAUCUCCUCGGUGGGCGGCGGUCGGGUCAAGAAUCCCGGGACUGGCAACAUGAUUCGUACUAAGGAUGCUGUGGACACAGCGAGCAACACCAAGGCGAUCCGCAACGCGCACCGCAACAAGUCAUUGGUUGCUGUGAUUGCUGAUGUCUGGAAGGAGAAGCAAGUUCCUGAGGGCGCGCAUAUGCCAGUCACAAUCUGGCGCAUGCGCUUUGAAAAGGCCGAUCUGGCCGAGCCUUCCUGGUGGGCCCCCCAAGCCGGGUAUGCUGUCCAAUCCGAUCCUCCUGUCCCUGUCGACAUGAGCGUGAAGGCACGCGUCGUCACUUGCCUUCAGUGCAACACUCCGAGCAAGGAGAUCUUCACUUCCGGCUGGUUCUGCCUUAACUCCGAGUGCGAGCACUACUUCUUGUAUGCGACUGGCGGCUCGGUUGACAUCCUGCGUCUUGCCUACAACAAAGCCUUCCUCAAUGAGCGCACUCCUUUCGUUGGAGAGAUUCCCUCGGUCAUCCCUGCUAAAAUUGACCCUGCCGGUCUUCACGGCACCGAGAUAGCCCUUCGCCGUGGCUAUGUGUGCCCGGACUGCGGCUGCUGCAACCGCCGGGUCUACUGGAAUCAUUGGGAAUGCGAAAACCCUGAGUGUGAAUACAGGCUCGACGCACUCAUGCGCCCCUACCCAGAGGGUCUUCUGGAGAAGGAGACUAAGACCUUUGACUCCAAGAUGGGGAAGAGGCGGAACAGCAACGGUGUGAACGACAACAAAUUUAACCGGGAGGAUUUCCUAAAUGACACAAUCGCUACCGUCUAUAACCGUGAAUGUAUCCCCCUUUCCCAGACUCUCACCCUGGGGCGCAUCUUUUCGGCCAAGCCAAAGGUCCUCACCAAGCCCAAUGGUCCGGAUGACCUCUUCCGUACUCUCGAACUCACGGACAUUGGUCUUCGCCGGAACCCAGCUGCUGUGGUUGGCCACAAGCUCGAGGGAUAUACUCGCCACUUCCAGCAGAACUUUGGUGCGAGGUAUAAGUUCGGCGUGACCGUCCAGUCAAAGGGCUUUGAUGAGGCGCCCGACAUCAUUCUCCGUGCUCUGCAGCGCCUGAUCUGGGCAAAGCAGGUCUCUGUUAAAGCGUCCAACAACUUCAUGCGUACCUUGACUGCGGAGUCUGUCAGCGAGCACGCCAUUGUUCCCACUGACGGGGACUUCAAUGAGCUCCUGGCACUCGGAUAUAUGGAGGAUGACAAGAUCAACUAUCACGAUGACGGCGAGCACGAGCUUGGACCGGUCGUUGCCGCUCUUGCCCUAGGAUCGCCUUCCCUAAUGCGGUUCCGGCCCAAGCGCAACACCGGGUUCAACCUCCCCACUCGCCAGGAUCGGGGAAGGCCGUGCUUCAAGGAGGUUCUCGAGGUCACCAUGAAGCACGGUGAUAUCAUGGUCAUGGUUGGGACAGAGAUUCAAAAAGUCUAUGAGCACACUGUCGAUCCCGAUGGAGCGCGUCGCUUCUCUCUCACAGCCCGGUACAUGGACCCGGAGCGUAUGGCCACGCAGGCAGAUCGUGACGAUGCCGCUGUGAAGGGUGCUAUUCCCGAGCACGCCAAAGCCUUUGUCUAUGACGGCUUUUAA